GAGGGGGCAGGCCGCAGAGAGGGAAACUUCUCCAACGACACCUGCGAACAGACCGCGAGCCGCUUCCCUCCCGGAGCGAGGAGAGACAAGAUGAGACGCAGCAGAAAUGCGGAAUAAAAGCGUCGGAGGCUUUUUCCAGUGAUCACGUGAAGGAGGAGAAGCAGCGAGCAGCGGGGGGAAAGUUUCCACGGACCGAAAAGUCUCGAUCAUCGGAUCUGGGUCCUGCGGCGGACCGGACAGAGGGGACACGACAGCAGGUAUCUGGUGGAUGGGGCGAAAAUGGAGGUGAACAGAAGAGAGGUGCCUCUAUAUGGACAAGUGGAGGCCAAUGUGAAGUUACCAGCCAGCGCUCCUGAAGACGCAGAGUUUUAUGCUGUUGUUCAAGGUUCCAGACUAACACAUGUGACGGCAGCGAAAAGAGGAGAUGAUGGGAUGUGCCUUUGCUUCACCGUUCCUGGUCACGACCUUGUGGAAGUUGUCUCUGUCACAUCCUACUUUUAUGCAGAGGACAGAGUCAAGCCAUGCGAAGGUAAAACAUCUCUUGAAUACGUCAGGGACGUUGCCCAGGACGCAGCAGAGUACCUGAGUGCACACAGGGAGCAGCUCGGCACCCAGAGCUACCUGGAGGUCCUGAAGAGGUUUCCUUUGCUGCCUGAAGAGGAGCUCUCACUCGGAGGGUUAGACCGCGAUGAGGGUGAUGCAGAGGAGGUGCAGCUCGGAGAAAGUAGAGGCGAAGAAGCUGGUCUCAGGCAGCUGGAUGAGAAGAUCGCACAGGCGAUGGCCAACAUGGAUUACCCUCAGCAGUGGAGAAACACUGACAGUCAGCAAAGGGAAGUUGCUGAGAUUCAGCCCAAAGAAACCCUGCUUCACCUGGCGGUGCGUCUGGGUUUGGUCCAUCUCUCCCGUUUCUUAAUUCACCAACCGAGAGGUCAAAGGGCAUUGACCUCGCCCAAUCAGGAGGGAGACACUCCUCUGCAGCUGGCUCAGAGGGACGGACAACAUGCUGUGUUCAGGGUGCUGGCAGCCUCCGCGGGUCCCGGAGUCGGCCCCGCCGCAGGUGUGUGCAGCGUGUGGUCCGACAGCUCCCGCACGCUGAGGUUCUGUCCCGGGACAAACUCCCUGACCCUGACUGUGCGACAGGCCCCCGGCAGCUGCCCUCAGGACGACAUCAUGGUGCUGCGAGACAGACAGGAAGACCACAGCAUUGUCAGACUGAUCAGUGUGCUCAGAGCUGAUAGUGAGGAAGAGGAGAGAAGUAAAGAUGAAGUCCUUUCUGUUGAUGAAGGCAUUAGCAAGGAGCCGCGAGUGGAACAGCACGUGCUGGUGGACAACGUUUUUGAAGAGCAGCUUGUUCUGUCUCUGGACGACGAUGACGAUGAUGUAAAAGAGUACCCAUCGUCAUUAUCUGAAUAUGAUCAUCCUGUGAAGUCCGCUGGAGUCGAGAGCCAUUUUACCCAGCAUGCCACAGACCCUCUGCUCUCCAUGUUCGACAUCGAUCAGAAAACCGGACAUCAGACGCAGCCGGAUGAUGUCGACCUCAAGUGCAGCGUCAGUGGAGUGACGAGCGACAGCACAGGGACGGACAGCGGGUUAUGGGAUGCCGUGGACACGCAGGAUCUCCUGCUCACCACUGACACUCCUCCGCCCUGUCCAGAAAACCUCUGCCCCCAACUCCACAGCUCACCUGCUGACCAGGCCCUCGCCAAGCUGAGCUGUCCCACCUCCUUUGAGCCGACCGACGAGAGGGACACUCCGCCCAUGGACGCCUGCGACCUCAGUCCCAGUCUAGUGGCUCUGGAGGUGGACAGCGAGGAGGACAGCGCCGACAUGAAGUCUCCGCUUUCACCGCUCUCAUCAGACGUGGAGAAGAACGAAGACAAAGGAGACGCCUUUUGUCCCUCCGCUGACCUCACUUGCACUCGCAGCAAGUCUGCCUCUGCGGCAUGCGAACCCCCCACAAAAGAAUUGGAUGACCAGGGGAUUCGACUGCGUUCCUAUUCCUACUCCGCACCAAAAAUCAGUCUGCGGCCUGCUCGUUUUGCCCGGGACAAUCCCACUUCGGACACCAGCCCUGAUGCCGUGCUCCACAGUGUCAGCCACAGCCGAUCUCUCCUUCAGGCCCUCUCUCUGUCUAAAUCUCUGUCUCUGCUCCACCCUGGUAAGCAAAGAGCCUCCAGUAUUUCAGAGCAGUCACAUGAGAAAAGGGAGUUUAGGUUCCGUAGUCGUGCCCAGUCUGCGGAUGACGAGGGCAGCAUGGAGCUGGCAGAGUCGCUCCAACACCUCACGCUGUCUGAGUUCCUCAAAGAAAUUGAAGAGGAGGAGCUGGAUAAGUACAGCAUCCCAACCAAAGCGGAGUCAGAGAAGUACAAAGUCAUCCGCACCUUCAGUUUCCUCAAGAGCAGGAUGUCCAGCACACGCAGCAAGACCAAGGGGAAGGGGAAGGACAGAGAGGCCAAGGACAGGCAGCUGAAUGGACAUCGGUUUGCGACAGGGUCCUGUUUAGGCCCCACCAUCUGUGUGGUGUGUGACAAACCAGCGUCUGGCAAGGACCUGCUGCAUUGUUCCAGUUGCACUGCCAUCGUCCAUAAGGGCUGUAAGGAAUCUUUGCCGCCAUGUUUGAAGAAACAGGAUAAAUAUGCUGUUACCAUGGUGAAGAACAGGACAGCAUCCCUCCCACAGAAUUUCACAGUGAGAGACACACCUCCGCAGUGUGUGAUCCCCAUCUCUACCUCUCUUCCUGUCAUGACGGGGAAGGAGAAGAAGGACACGGUGACCCAGUCAAGCUGUUUGUCUGGAAGUUUCCCCAACAGUGAAAGUCGGCUCAGUGAGAGUUCAGAGACAGAGUGUGACGCAGUGAAGGGGCUCAGUCAUUCAGAGGAGCUGCUGCCGACGCCGACGUCCUCCACCUCCACGGACUCAUCCUUCGGAGAAGACAGUGUGGACACGUGUAUCCAAGGUGACAUCUCGGCGGAUGCUGCGGAUUACGAGGCGGAGUCGUGGAGUCUGACGGUGGAGAACGAGUUCUGCAAGAAGCUCGAGAAACGAGCGGUCAAGAGGCAGGAUGUCAUCUAUGAGCUGAUGCAGACUGAGCUCCACCACCUGCAGACGCUCCACAUCAUGGCCGAGGUUUUCCGGCGAGGCAUGAGGGAGGAGGUGCAGCUCGACUCAGAAGCGGUGAAGCGGGUCUUCCCCUGUCUGGACCAGCUGCUCCUCUUCCACCACGGCCUCUUCGCCGCCAUGAAGGAGCGGCGACACAGCUCGGCCGAGCCGCAGGGACACAGGAACUACCUCAUCCAGCGAAUAGGAGACGUCCUGCUCCAACAGUUUUCAGAGGAGAGUGGCGAGAACAUGAAGCAGGUAUAUGGAGAAUUCUGCAGUCGUCACAACGAAGCCGUCAACUUUUUCAAAGAACUACAGCAGCACAACAAAAGAUUUCAGAACUUCAUUAAGCAACAAGGUAAUAAUUCCUUGGUGCGACGGAGAGAGAUCCCAGAAUGCAUCUUGCUCGUAACCCAAAGGAUUACAAAGUACCCAGUGCUGCUGGAGAGGAUCCUACAAUACACUCAAGAGGACACAGAGGAAUGUGCCGACCUUUCGAGAGCCCUGGCUCAGAUCCGGGAGGUGAUAGCAGCCGUGAACUUGAGGGUCAGCGAGUAUGAGUGGCAUCAGAGAUUACAGGAAGUGUGGAACCGCAUGGAGAACCGCAGCUCGACCAAGCUGAAGAGCGGACAUACCUUCAGGAAGCAGGACAUGAUGGGGCCGGGACAAAUUCUCAAGCACCAGGGCCUGCUCCUGUGGAAGACUGCCACCGGGCGACUGAAAGACGUCCUGGCGCUCCUUCUCACAGACACGCUCAUCUUCCUGCAGGAAAAAGACCAGAAGUACACGUUUGCCACUGUGGACCAGAAGCCUCCAGUCAUCGCACUGCAGAAGUUAAUAGUGCGAGAAGUAGCGAAUGAAGAGAGGGGGAUGUUUCUGAUCAGCGCGUCAUCUGCGGGGCCAGAAAUGUACGAGGUCCACACGUCGUCCAAAGAGGAACGGAACGCUUGGAUGAGGCUCAUUAGAGAGGCUGUGGAGAGCUGUCCGGAAGAAGAGGAGGAGUACGCGAGUGAAUCUGAGGAAGAGAAGCGAGCUGCUGAGGCUCGUGUUCAGAAGAUUCACAAGUUACAAGAGAGUCUGAUGAGCCAGGACCAGCAGAUCUGCUCCAGCCUGGAGGAGAAGCUGCAGAUCUACACCGAGCUCUCUGCUCUGAGUGGGAGGACGGACGCCUCGGCAGUGGAGCCGCGGCUGCUCGUCCAGCCGCACUCAGAGGACGUGCCCCAGGCGGCCGAGCUGCUGGUUGCAGCUCUGCAGGAGGCUGAAAACCUCAAAGCUACGCUGUCAGCCAAGGCCCGUUCUCCGUCCAGCCACGGCCCGGACUCUGACACGGACUCUGUGUUCGCCGUCAGCCCUGCUCCGCAUGUACAGCUCCCCUCAGAUUCUUCAGAGCCCUCACCUGCGACCCCCGAGGCCGGGGAGGGGAGCUGGACCCAGGCCGUCGUUCCUCAGUCCCCGGAGUCGGAUGACAUUGACUUGAAGGUUUCUCAAAGUGUCCAAAGCCUGACGCAGUUACUCUACAGUCUGCAGGCUGCAGUGACCAUCCAAGACAGCUGCUACGAGGUCCAGAGGCUCCUCCUCCAAGAGACCGGGCGCCCGUCGCCACGAGCUCAGCGACCUCACCUUCCGAGCGCCCGCGGCAACACCCUGCAAGAGCAGGAGAAGCAACGCAACCUGGAGAAGCAGAAAGAGGAGGUGGUGGCGGCUCAGCGGCUCCAGGACCGACUGCGCCAGGAGAAGGAGCGCUGGGACAGGGCGUGCCAGGCCAGGGAGAGCCAGCAGGGGGAGCAGGAGAGCAGGCUGGAGGAGAGGGAGAGGCAGUGCCACCUGGAGGUGGAGAGGCUGCGGCGCGAGAGGGAAGAGCUGGACGAGCAGCAGGAGGAGUACCAGCAGAGUUUGGAGCGGCUCAGGGAGGGCCAGAGGAGCGUGGAGAGGGAGCGAGAGCGUCUGGAGGGCCAGCAGAAGCUGCUCCAGACGUGGACGCACGGCCGCCAGAGGAGCCUGCCCACUGUGAUUCCACACAUGGUCAUACCUCUAGAUGUGCAGCAGGACUCGGCACCCAGUCAGUCAAGGGACCUCGGCGGUAACGGCUCCAUGUUUGUGAACGAGGCUGCGUUCGCCAGCACCAGCAUCAACAACCGCCACGUCCACCACAAAAAGAAUGACCCCAGCAAACAUAAUUGUCUCAACACCCUGCUGGCCAGGUCCAACAGCAGACAGCCCCCCAUAGCUAAGACCCCCCAUAGUCCUCACUCAGACUCCCAGGGAUGGAUGAUGGGGACGGGGUACCUCUACAGCCCUGCAGGAAAGCUGGGACUGCAGCACACACCCACUGAUCAUAGCAGUCACAGCUACAUCGGGGAGACCUGGUUGUCGAGAGCAAGUGGAGCUGAUCUGUAUCCGGAGCUCCCGCAUCCCAGAGACCCUCAGCUGGACCUCAGUGCGCUGGUUUCCUUGGAGACUGACAGCGGCGGGGAGGAGGGCAGGGAAGAAACCAUAGUGUACCUCUGAAUAUCCAUAAAGAGACUUAAAAAGCCAACCCAGCACUUGGAGGAAGAUAGAGACAUUAAUGGAGUCCUUUUUUUUUUCCAUUUUUCUUCUAUAUUUGAAAGAUUGCUGUGUGGUCUUUUUUUUUGUGGCGUGGAGAGUUACUGGAAACACACAGAGAGAAACUGAGAUAAGGAAACUGAGGUUGUUUCAGACUCAAUCUCACAUGUGUCAUGCACCUUAACUCAAAGCCCCACCGGGUGUUCACUGUCUCUUUACUUUCUGUUAUUUGUGCUUGUGCGUGUGGUCUAAAUUGUCUGCCUGGGCCUCUGCAUCCGUUCUUUUCCCUCUCUCCCUUCCUCAAGUCCCACAUAUCUCAUCUCUGGAGCAACAUAUUUAUUAAAUGUACCACAGGGGGGGGAGAAAGUGUAAACCCAAUAUCAGGCUGCAUCUCUCCAGCGGGUGAUUGUCCUGCCAUAGAGUAAACUGUCUCUCUGUCACUUAUCAGACAGGCUAUGUUUAUGUACGAGCAUAAUACAGAGCACAAAGCAUUCGAAUUGAAAGAUGAGGCGCGACAGCGUCAGUCCCACGUUUUUCCGACUCACUGCCUGUAGCCAUCAUUUACUUCUCUUUUAUCGGAAGAAUGUUUUUUCUUGUUAGGAAAAAUAAGCUCAGAUGGGGAUUUUUAGAAAGAUGCUGCAGCUGUAGUAAUAUCUCUCUACGUUUUAUCACUGCGCAGCAUUUCCACCACAAAAGCCUGAGAAAGCAUCUUUUCAGCACAUCUGCACAAUGUAAAAAAAAAAGUUGUGUUGCAAAAGUUUUGUUUUCUUUUAUUUCUCCUUCAUUAUCUUGGGAUAGUAAUGUCCGACAGUCAGUUGCUCCAGCACUUGAAAAACUACAUAACGGGUUACCAUUACAUUUUGUUCAAAUGUUCAUUGUUCCCCAUGAACAUUCAUACACUCGCACUCACACGCACUCAUCCCACAAAUGUGGUUCAGACAUUUGUGUUCACCCCAGGAUGAAUUACAACAACUUGUCAUCGCUUAACUUUUCAUCUUUAGCUGCAAGUCCAGGUGAAACUUUGUAUUUGUCCACUACUUUGGUUUAUGCCCAAAUACCUGCACAUGCCAUUCCCUUCAGAUUCAGCUGUUCUUUGUCUCUAGUGCUAAUUAUGGUGAACUCUGUAAACAUUUUACCUGCUAACCAUCAACAUGGUAGUAUGAACAUUGAGAGUGUUUUUCUGCUGAUAUAAGCAUCACAUCCGGGCAUGGCUUUAUCGAUAGAACCUUUUUAUUUAAAUUUUCUGUCAUCACUUAAUGAAAAGACCAUUUUACUUCAUCUUUAUUUGUAAGGGUGAGGUCCCACAUAUGCGAAUGUUUCAGUGACUCUGUGAGAGCAAGUAGGCAAAUUCAACGUCUGCUUCCUCUGGUAAAGUAAUUUGGAUUUCAACUUUGCUAAACUUUGGCCAGCGAUAUUCACUUAAUUUGCCAAUGUGUGACCAAGUUCUAUAGGGGGUAAGAUGUUAUUCUUAAAUUAUUACCCAGUACAAUAUGAAGUUGUACCUGAAACACCUCAUUCUUACACUAAAAUAUUCACAUAGUCCAUCCAUUAUCUAUAGUGCUUAUCUUUUAGCGGGGUGGCAGGGGGCGGCUGGGGCCAACCCCAGCUGACAUUGGAUGAGAGGCGGGGUUCACCAUGGACAUGUCCCCAGUCCAGCACAGGUCCAACAUACAGAGACAAACAACAAUUCACAUUCACAUCUACUGUCAAUUUAGAGUCUCCUGCUAACCUAACCUGCAUGUACAGUAUUUGGACUGUAGGAGGAAGCUGGAGUACCCGCACAAAAACCCAGAUAGACACAGGAAGAACAUGUGAACUCCACACAGAAAGGCCCCGGCCAGCCGGCAGGUUCCGAUGCAGAGCAUCCUCUUAAUGUUGUAUAUUUACUUCUUAUUGCUCAUGGGUGUUUUUGUUUAAAGAGGUCCCUGCAAUGCUUUAGGUGUUUUUACCAACACUAUAAAAGAUGAAUUGAAUUAACAUUGCAGUCUUCUAAUGGGACAAUAAGGCAGUGGCGGUGUUUUUGAUGUGAUUUUGGUACCGUGUCUAUAUGUGUGUGCUUUUAUUUAUUUAUUACAUUACAAAAGAGUUGUUCUACAGUGCUUUGUGGAGGGUUGUAUUUUAAAUAGGAGCGUGCCUGUGUAAACUGAUGAAAGGGUGUUUUUCUUGUUGUUUACUCGUGUGUUAUAUAUGCAGACACAGCUUUAUUGAUAAAAUUACUUUUGUCGAACUUGAA